GUUAUAGAAGGCAGUGUAAAUGUGCGUGUGUUAUGUUUUUGAAAUUUGAAAUUUUGUGUAAACCGUUGUGUGAUUCCUUUUAAUUCUUGUCGCAGUAACAAACCGGCAAUCAUUCGCUGAGAGUGAGAGAUUGUAAAGAAAUUUCGAGGUUUUGUCAAAGGAAAAUGGAUCUCGUUGGUAAAAUUGAUCCAGCGGAAGUUCUCUCGCAUUUGAACCAUUUAGGUUACCAGAACAUCACUCCCCUCCAACUGAAGGAGUUCAUCAGAGACUUGAAAAAGCUGAUUGUCCAUGAUCAACUCAGCUCCAGCUCAGGAUCCAGUUCAGACUCUCUGACAUCACUUUCAUCCUCAGUUACCUCUGAGUCUGAGUAUUACUCCACAAGCGAAACUUCAUCUGAUCAGACAGGCGCACUAAGCAAUGUGUGCAGGAAUAAAAAAUCGAACCCUGUUAAAUGCGAUUUUAUUAAAGGAAAUAGUAAAAGUAGGCCGAGUCAGCCUGUUUCCAAUGUCUCAACCACAACUGCAUUUUCUGGAGGAACCUUGAGGAGAAGCUCCACAUCAUCAUCAUCUAUAUCCGGGAAAUUAACACAUAAAGAGAAUAUGCCUCCAAGAAGGGGACGGACUCAAUCUGUCAGUGAGGAAUAUUUACAGGAAGCUGUCAGACCUAAAACCUCAUUCAUUCGACCUUGGCAACUACAAGGACAACCUUCUGGACCAUCAAGAGUGGGACCCAGUGACCCUGUUAGCAGAUAUCAUUACUACCAGUCCUUGUGGGCAAAACACAAGUGCCCAGGCGAGGAUUCUCAUGCUGAUCUACGCUGGGUGAUACGUGAAAAAAUGCUUGGACAAGAUCCUCAUCUGUACUCUAAAAACCAGGUUGCAGUGAAGAAGGUUAAUAGAAUAAGGAUGUGAAAACAACCUCAAUGUA